GUUGGUGGCAGUAUCUAUGGCAACAACUGUCAUGGACAAUUGACCAGACGAUAUAUAAUAAUAAUGAUAAUAUAGACAAAAUAAGUAGUUUAAAUAUCGACAGCUUAAAAAAAAUCAUGAUUCGUCCACCUAAAGACAAACAACCAUUAUGGAAAAUAAAUAAUGAUAAAGCAGAUAAGAAAGGCUUCCGAAAUACUGUAUAUUCAGUUAAUGGUAACGAAUAUACAGGGGAAUGGUUAAAUAACAAACGUCACGGUAAAGGAACUUAUAAAUGGAAGGCGACAAAAAAUAUGUAUGACGGAGAUUGGAAAGAAGAUAAAAGGAACGGUUUCGGUACAUUAAGCGUACCAAGAGAAGACGGAGGCUAUGAGAAAAUAUAUUCUGGAGGCUGGAAGAAUGAUAAAAUGCACGGUUAUGGUACCUACUUUUAUGGCACAAAGGCUUACUUUGAAGGAGAAUGGUACAUGGGCCGUAAAAGCGGUUGGGGAAGAAUGUAUUAUGAAGAUGGCUCUGUUUACGAAGGGGAAUGGUACGAUGAUAAAAGGCACGGGCAAGGAAUGUAUAGAACGUCGGAUGAGAAUCGCUACGAGGGAGAAUGGCAAGAUGAUAAGAAACACGGGCACGGAAAGUAUUAUUUCCUAGAUAAAGGACAAGUCUACGAAGGCGUUUGGUUUGAAGAUACAGCCAAGUGUGGCGAGAUGAAGGACUUUUGCAGAGAAACUGCUCCAGACCCGUCAAAGUAUCCUCUACCUCAAUGCUAUCUAGCCAACUCCCAGCAGAUUCUCAACAAUGCCGAAGAGGAUUUAUCAAUUAAGGACAUUUAAAAUCCUAAAAACCGAAAGAUAGACAAAAGGAAGAGAUGGGGGAGACACAGUUCUCGACUGCCAUAUGUAAGCCUACAUUUUACUUGUAUACAUAUUUGUUCUUCAAUUGAAAUACACCGAU